UUUUUUUUUUUUUUUCCAACUCGUAUGUGUAUAUAUGUGAUGAUGAAUAUGAAUAAUUUGCUUGAUGAAUCUGAUGGUCAAUAGAUUGGAAAUUUGAUCAAAUUUUCUGCAAAACUAUUACUUUAACCAAUGUUUUAUUCAAUACUAAAAAAAAGGCGUCAAAUUGAUUGAUGCAUGAGAAGAGAAUGAUGUACGAGAGGAAAUUCUUUGGUGGUAUUUGAUAAAAUUUUUAUAAACUCACACUGAGAGAUCAAAUCUCAAAUGAAGGCGUUUCAUUUUCAUAUCAAUCAAUGAUGAUAAAUUAUACAAAAUGAUGAUGAUAAUAAUAAUAAUGGUGACCGUUGAUAAAUUAACGUUCAGUAUUUUUUUCUUUGUCAUUGAGCAAAAUAAAAAAAAAUUAACUCGUGGAUGUUUUUUUUCUUUUCUUUUUUUUCGAAUCAUUAAUAAAAAUAUAUAUAUCUAAAUUAUUGUGAUUAUAUAUACUCUUUGGAGUGAAAAAUUUAUUUGAUGAUCCGGCUGUUCUUAUGACACACUUUGAUGAAUUUAUUAUAGAAAAAUAUCUUUUUCUUUUCAAUCAUUGCCGAUUUUGAUGACGAUGAUGGUGAUGAAAUUAUAAGGAAUUUCCAAUGUUUAUGGAAGAUUUUCAUUUUUUUUUUAAAUCGGUUACCAAUGACAAUAAUAAUUAUAAAUAAUUUAUUUAUUAUUUAUUUUAUACCAUAUGAACGAAUAGAUGGAAAUAAAAUCUCCAAUAAAAUGAAUGAUGAUGAUACGACAUAAUUGAUCAAUGUUUUCGAUUGAUAAAGAUGAUAGAAGGUCAAUAUUUAUGGAAGAAAAAUCCGGAAAAUAAAAUAAAAUUUUCAGGAAGAAAUAGUAACCAAAAAUCAGAUGCCAUUUUAUAUCAAUAAAGGAAAAAAAUAGAAGAUAAUCAAGGAUUUUAAAACAAAUGGCUUUUUUAUCAGUUUUUUUUUAUUUAUUUCAUCGACCAUUCAAUGGAUUUAAGAAAUCUUGUAUUUUUGAUAAAUAAUCAAUGAGGAUAAUUUCGAACAUAUGGUGUGAAAGAUAUCGGUCAACAUUUUUGAUUCAAAUUCAAUGAUAAUGAAUGACGAGCUGAUUGUAAACAAAAUCAUCAAAACAAAAAAAAAUUUUUUUUUUCACGAUUAUGUCAUUUAUUUACGGAAUUUUCCCGUUUUUCUCAUUUUGAUGUCAUGUUUCGUGUUCAGAAAUUUUUUUUCCAAUGAAAAUUCAUUCAUUUUUUUAUACAGAAAAUUUGUCUCAAAAUAACAAUUCUGGGAUUCCAAUUAGCAAUUGUGCCGAUUGUCAUAAACGAAUAAGCUUCAUGUAUAAAACACUUUGAUGAAUGAAUAAAUUGAUUGUUUUGAAUUUAAAUAUUUUCAUCAUUCGCCUAAUGAUUGUUUAGUCAAAAUUAUAAUCUAUAUAGUUAAUGUCAAUUUUCCAUUUAUCAAUAAAAUUCUAUAGUAAACAAGAUUCAUUGAGUCAUUUGAAAAAUUGUUUUUUAUUUAAUUGAUUUAAUCAAUAACGAUGGGAAAAAAUAAUAAAGUGUAUCUAUUGCCUCCACGUGGUCGUAAUUCGUCAAAAUUGGCACCAAAAUAUACAUAUGAAACAACAACUGAAAGAAUCGAACCGAAUAGUGUUUUUACGCCUCCUGAUCAUGUAGAAUUGCCAGAAUUAUCGGAUGAGAAUGAAUUAUUGUAUGAAAUGCAAACAAUAGUUAUAUUCGUUAUCGCAAUGUCAACACAAUAUUUGAAUUUAUUUCGUACAUUCUGGUGGAUGCCGGAUACGUAUCGUCGUUAUGCAAUGAAUUUUCAUCUAAUCAAUCCAUAUGUGGUUGGAUUCUGUGUGACGACAAUCAUCAAAUCAUUUGUUUCACAUUUAUUCUUUAAAUUUCAAUUUUUUCUACCAUCUUCCAUACGUAUCUCGUACAUCUAUCUGAUCAAUGUAUUAAUUUGUUCAACAUUUUUCUAUAUACAAACCUAUCUGCUAUUGAUCUUAUUUCAAACAUAUAGUUUUGUCGGUCUUUUAACAUUUCUGUGCCCAUUGUUAAUCUAUUCAAUACUUUAUUCACCAAAUUUAAUUCGUACCUAUCAAUGGAUUAAAGAUUCUGAAACAACAAAUCUUGAUAUUUGUUUACAAGCCGUACAUUUUAUGUUACAACCAACAUCAAUAUCUGCCUGUUUUCCGACCGUUCAACAUACCUGUACAUCAAUAUCACCAUUUUUGGUUCGAGAUGAAGUGGAAAAAUUGAAAAAUAUUUUCAAUGAUCGUCUUAAAUUUAUUAUAUUUCGUUCAAUUUAUGUAUCAUAUUAUGGUUCAUUUUUACCAUUGGCCAUUGUUCCUACACAACAUGAAUAUGAUACAUUCUGGACAGCUCAACAUAUCGCCGUUACAUGUAUGUGUACGUUUUUCAUGCUAACAUCACAUCUUUAUUCACCACAAUUCUACGAUAUACUUCAUCGGUCAUCAUUGCAUUUGGGUAAAUGGCAAAAACUUGAAUCAAGAAAUACUGUAUUACCUUGUCCAUCAUGGACUGAAUCUGUUAUAUAUGGACCAGGUAUAGUUGUUCGUCAUCUAAAAGAAUAUUAUAAAUCUGAAGCAAAUAUGACUUGUGCUGAACCCGGUAAUCAAUCUCAUUUUAGAUUUUAUAUUGUAUUCUCUGAUCCUUCUUGUGGUUUUCUAACCCUAUUAUCAUCAAUCAUUGGAGUUAUAAGUUUUCAAUUCAUCUUAUUAUGUCGAAGCUAUGAAUGGUAUAAACUGAUAUCGAUGUCAUUAUUAAUGUUGACCAAUUCAUUGGCAGUAUUUCGUUUGAUGCGAUCAUUUUGGAUCCUAAAAGAGAUAUAUAAACAUGAAAGACAUUUUAUUGAUCCCUAAAUCCGAAUGAACAAAAAAAAACCGAACUCAUACAAAUUAUUUAUAUAAAUGAUCGUGGGUGUGUAUGUGUGUUU